UUUUUUUUUUAUAUAUUUUACAAUCAUUCCUUUGUCCAUUAUUUUCAAUGUAUUCGGGUGUACGAAAAGCUAAAAAAAAAAAAAGAAGAUAAUCAGUAAUUCGCGAGUGCCGUAGUAUUUUGUCUAAGAUUUUUUGAUUUGUAAAAUGUUUCCUUCACAAAUUUAAUUGAAAUUCAAAUUAAUACGAUAAUAGAGGACGUUUGAAUCGGAUUGAAUUUCGCGCCGUUAUUGACGGCCAAUGAUUAUCGUUUGAUUGUUAGUUUCGAUAUCGAUAAUUAGAUUAAUCAAUUUUUAUUGUUUAGUGCGUGUAAAUAAUUUCGAAAAGAAAUUUGAAUUUUAUAUUCAGUUUUUUUUUUUUUUUUUUUUUUUGAAAGAGAAAAUAAUGUUCGAUGAAUUAUUGAUUGGCGAAUGAUGAGUUAAUAAAUAUAACGAAAAGUUGAAAAUUUAACGAGGAAAGGAUCAUUGAAGAGAAUUCAAGAUUUCGAAAUGUAACUGCAUCGUUGAAAGGGCUUCUGGUUACCAAUUUAAAUGAAUAGAAGAAAACACAAGAAGAAAAAGAAGAAUAAGAAGAAGAAGAAGAAAAAGAAGAAGAGUCGUUUGAAAGUCCUGAGAAGAAAGACGAAGUACGGAGUUUGGCAGGAGCGCAAACUCGUUUUCAGCAGAGGACUCGCAGAGGGCGGCGGAGUUUGUUGGAAGGGGUGGAAGAUGCCGCGAGCUAGAAACUAAAGAGUAGGGGAAAUCGUCAGGAUUGGCUUUACAGGAACGUGAAACUCAGUAGUACGCUACCACCCACGCACAUAGUACGCACGUAGUUCGUUCCACGUGUUUAUCUUCCUACGAAAGAUUUCGAACAUCCAUAGGUGCAUCAUCGAAUUGUUUUCGAUCCUGGUGACUUUGUGCAUUCGACAGUGUCAAGGACACAUCGGGAAAUUCAUUGACUUAAAUAUCAUAGAAUGUAAACGAUUACGGUUGGACAAAUAUCUGGUCCACAACCAAGAAUACGAAGAAGGAAUAGGAAAAAGCUGAUCUUAUGUGAAAUAUUCCAAAAAAAAAAAGGGAAAAGGUAUCUUAGGAUAAUAAACUGAGGGCGGCAUGUAUCUUAAAUGGUUUGGAGAUGGUGCGUCUCGAUAGGAUCAGACGAUAAAGGAGAUGAAUCGGGGUACUGAUAAAUCCCGAUUAGAAUACGAAGAAUCUCUUUGUCAUGCCGAAGUUUAAGAUGAAGAUAUCUGCGAUGGAUUGUCAACGUGGAAGAACAACAGUUUCGAUCAGCAGCUACUAAGUAACUGAACAAACCUUUGUCGAUCUUAGAUCUUUCGAGGACAUCGUGGGAACGAACUCUGUUACGUGUUGCUAUUAUCGAUCACAGAACUAUGUCGACGAUGAACAUUCGUGGCGGUGAUUUAAGUCCAACUCGACAACCGAGACAAAGUAGAAUUCAUAGCGUCGGAUUACCACCACGAGCAUCUCUACUUCCGGAACCACCACCUACCAAUGAAAAUAAUAUGCCACCACCUAUACCGCGUCGUCAUUCGGCGACACCAACGGUAGCACCACCUCCGAUACCAAUACGUCCACCAGCAAUACCAAAAAGAUCGAAAAACGAAAAACCAAUACCAAUUGAAAAAUCAAAGAAUAACAGAUGCGAGAACACGUCGACGUAUAAAGGGAAAAAAAUCAUCGAUCCAACUACGACAUCAUCGUCAUUAUCAUCGUCACAAGCUGCUUGUCAUUUUACGAAUUCUUCUUGGAACGGACAAACGGUCCUGAUCGAUGAGAAAUUGAUAGACCUUGGACCAUUUAGAACGCAUAAUAACCAUCACCAACCAUCCGAGGAUUUCUCUUUGGCUUUUGAAUCGAAGGACAUAGCAAGCGCCAAUGAGAAUAGCAGCAACUUCAUAGCCAACUUUCCUAAAGUCAAUUUUUCGGAUGAGGAAAAGCUUGAGAAUCGAAAAUCAAACUUCGAUGAACUUAGAAAAGCUUCCCGUGAUCUUGAGAAGAACCUUCACGAAAGGACUAUCAAGAAUAACGAAACUAAUUUUAAUGAUAUUUUAAAUGAAAAAGAAGAGAAUAGACAACAACAAAAUGUUCAAAAUCAAAGUACCAGACAACAACCAGGAGGAGGAGGAGGAGGAGGAAAGUUUCGUAAAGAAGAGAAAAGCAUCGAGGGAAGAAGUGUCGAAGAGGAAACACUGGAGGAAAUAUCUGAAGAAGAAAUGUCUGAGUCUCCUCGAGACACUUUUCAGGAGGAACAAAAGUUCGUCGGACUGGUUAGAUCGUAUCGAGAAGAAGAGAAAAGAUCGAAGUUUGAGGAACUUCAAGCAGCUUCGAAAAAUCUCGAAAGGCGUCUACAGAGUAAGAACGAGGAGGAUGAUCAACGUCGUUACAAAGACAUGGAAAGACGUUUGAAUAAAGAUAGAUCAAUAUCUAGAUACGAAGAUCCUUCGAGAUUACCGCAAGAAUUGGAAAGACGAUUGUUGUCCGAUCAAAAAUCCGUCAUAGAUCAAUCCACGCGUGCCAAAUAUGACAAUGAUAUGGAAAAGGCUAGAAAUAUGUUACAACAUAAUACGAGAAAGGAAAGAUCAAGUGGUAUAGAAAAAUUAGAAAAAUUACCUAAAGCUACGCAAACUAAUUUACCACCACCACUUAGUGCGAUUUGUCAAAGUUACGUGCCAAAACCAAUCAACGUUAGACAAGAUAGCAAUGUUUCAUCCGAUAGUUUUAGUCAAACAAGUUCACCGAGUUAUACCAACAAAACUAUGGAAGCACCUUUGCUCCCACAUAAAUAUGGAAAAUUGCCAGACAGAGCUUUGGUUCACGAACCUGACAAUUCAUCGGGUAGGCCAAUAACUAAAUCAACCAGCACACCUGCGAGCUUACAAACGAUCGUUAGAACUCAUGGUAGCAACAGCACGUCUUUGCAUCAUAAGAUAAUCAAGGACAUGGCUAAUCGUCAUUACGUAACGAGAGGAAGAUUCAGAUACGUGCAAUUACUGGCCAACGUUGUUGCUCUUUUAGCCAUUGUUGCUGGAUUAAAUGCAUAUUAUAAAACGUAUCCUGAAACUGCCAUAAGAUUCGAGAACAGAACGGUGUAUACGAGUAUAAUGACGGUGACUGAACCUAUGCGUUCGAUAAUGAUACAGGAAGAAGAAGAAGAGAAGAAUCCUGCACCUGGUAUCUGUUUACCAGUGAUAGUCAGCUUUUGUCAAUAUCACAAGAUCCCUUAUAACUUCACGGUCUUCCCAAAUUACAUGGGUAACUUUGGACAACGAGACGCCCAACAGGAAUUGCAAUUAUAUAACGCAGUAGUAGACGUAAGGUGUUACGAAUUGGCAGCCCUAUUUCUCUGCAGCAUCUUUGUACCCAAAUGUGGACCCCGUGGUCAGGUUGUUAGACCCUGUCGCAGUUUAUGCUAUGAAACUAAAAGACGAUGCGGAUUCUUUCUCGAGGUAUUCGACUUGACACUUCCGGAUUAUCUCGACUGCGAUCUAUUUCCCGAAAAUGGUAAUCCGGAUCUAUGCGUGGGUCAUUCCGAAGUGAUCGAAACAAAUUUGAAAGCUAUGAAACCAGUAUGUACCAAUGAUUUUCAAUGCGACAUUAACCGAUGCAUACCGGUUGAUUGGCGAUGCGACGGUCAUCUGGAUUGUGCCGAUCUCAGCGACGAGAUUGGUUGCGGUGAUUGCGGUUCGAUUUCCUCCUUAUCAAAGUUUAAUAACACCCAAAGUAAAACUGAUAAAAAGAAAUUUGGGUUGUCGAAGAAUAAUCAAUCAAAGGCUACUUUACAUUGUGGCGAAAGAAGGUGCAUGGAAGCUAGCCACAUUUGCGACGGCGUCAUGGAUUGUCCAUGGGGACAGGAUGAACGUUAUUGCGUGAAAUUGAAAAAAAGAAAUGGCGAUAUAGGCGAAGGAUUACUCGAAGUUUAUCACGCAGAAAUGGGUAAAUUUAUGCCAGCGUGUAUACCACCAAAGGAACACGUCACCGCCCAAGCUAUUUGUUCCCUUCUAGGCUACACCGUAGCACUUUCAUCGAAUUUUUCUACGAAAGAUAGCAACAUGACUAUGAUUCAAACCUUCAAUGAAUCGAACCAAUAUCGGAGAUUAACACCAAAGCGAAGUUUAUUGAAAAAAUUUCAAGCAUGUAUUAAAGAGGACGAGGAUUAUCCAACGGUAGAGCUCACUUGUUCGGAAUACGCUUGCGGCAGGAGAUUUCCACUUUACGGGAAUUCAAACGUUAAAACUAGAAUCGUCGGUGGCGUUGAAUCCUCUCCGGGUGAUUGGCCCUUCUUAGCAGCACUAUUGGGUGGCCCAGAACAAAUUUUUUACUGUGCCGGUGUACUCAUUUCCGAUCAAUGGGUUUUAACCGCAUCUCAUUGCGUUGGAAAUCUUUCGGAUGUUUCUGGUUGGACAAUUCAAUUAGGUAUUACAAGAAGACACAGUCAUACCUAUCUUGGACAGAAAUUAAAGAUCAAGAGAGUGAUUCGUCAUCCUGAUUACAGUUUGGGUAUCGUUCAUGACAACGACGUUGCAUUAUGUCAGUUAGAGAAACGUGUCCAAUUUCAUGAACAUUUAAGACCAGUGUGUCUACCCACUGCUACAACCAAUCUUCCUCCAGCAACCCUGUGCACAGUCAUUGGUUGGGGUAAGAAGAACGACACUCAGGAUGCUGAAUACGAACCAGCUGUUAACGAGGUACAAGUUCCUGUUUUGAGUAGACAGGUUUGUAACAUGUGGUUGGCUUAUAAGGAAUUGAAUGUAACCGAGGGCAUGAUUUGUGCUGGUUAUCCUGACGGUGGGAAGGAUGCUUGUCAGGGCGAUUCUGGAGGGCCCCUUUUAUGUCAAGACAAAGAUGACAAAGAGAAAUGGUUUGUCGGUGGUAUAGUAAGUUGGGGUAUAAAGUGUGCCCAACCAAAAUUACCAGGCGUCUACGCCUAUGUACCGAAAUACGUUCCAUGGAUUCGCAAUGAAAUGGCUAAAUAUUCUGACAAGAACGAGUCAUAAUGAGAACGUUUUCUCUUUCAGACGAUAUUAAUGAAUCAUUCAAAGGAAGGAAUUCUCUUUUGUAGAAUGCUUCUUAGUACUCUGAAAAUAACACGAUAAAUACUAAACACAAAAAUAUGAGAAAUAUAUUCUCGAAGUAGCAAAGAUGCCAAAUACUGAGACAAUAAAAUCGUGGAAUUAAAUAAAUCAAACAAAUUCCCCUCUUAGAUUGAAUUUCUAAAGAAAUAUAUUUGGUGACUAUUUUAUAAACGCAUUACAACAUUGUAAUGUGUAAUUAAAAUGCAAGUCGUCUAAUAAUAUUCUAACGUUGAUUAAUUCUACAUAGGGAAUUAAAUUAUAUUAAAAAAAAAAAAAACAAGAGAUAGAUAAUUUUUGCAUUGGAAAAAUUUUCGUAAGAAAAAAAAAUCAAGAGAUUACAGAAUUCAAAAGUGAAUACUACGUAGUAUUUUACAUGUCGUCGAAAUUGUUAGAAUGCUUAUUUGUGUUUUGAAGCAUUGUAAAACUAUCUGACAAUCGUUUUCUCGAGCUUCUUUCUUAUACAGGAUGAUAUAUCCCACUUUAAACGAUAUUGAAAAGAAUUAUGGAACUUCAUUUUUAAAAAUAGAAAAGUCUCUCUCGUUCAAGUCAUUUGUAGAUUUGUCUCUUUCUGGGGUUACAGUGUAUCCAAUUUUUUACAGACGUUUUGAAAAUUGUUAUACGAUACAUUGUCCAUAAUUUAAGGGGAUAUCGAUAAAAAGAUAUCGGGAAAAUAGGAAUUAGGGUUGCUAAUUAAUACUCUGACUCUAUUUGAAAUCUUAUUUAUAAUAAUGAUGGUGAUGAUAGCAAAAUUAUGAUUUUUAAUUGAGGAGUGUUCAUCCAAAUGAGAAUAACAAAAAAAAAGAAAUGGGAGAAGAAGUUGCGGUAUUGAAUUAAAAUAAAUAAAAAAAAAAAAAAAGAUAAAAAAAUAAACAAAUGAAAUAAUCGGAAACAUAUAAUAGUCAUUAAAAUAGAUUUUUCUUGUAUAGUGAAAAAAUCUAUAAAGCUUAUUGAAUGAAUGCGGAUGACACGAUGAUGAUGACGAUGAUGAUGAUGAUUCCUCCUCCCAUAAAAGUUGAAGUUCAGAUAACGAGAGUUGCCAUUUUUUAGAAGAAAAAAAAAAAUAAAAAAAGUAAAAAAAGAAAAUCAACGAGUACAGGAUGAUGUUGUACUUUUGGUAUCGAGAGAUUGAAAUAUUUAAAUUAGUAAGAUUUAAAAUGAAGACAAGAAAUAUAAUAUAUUCGCGCAUCUAAUGCGCAUAAAAAAAAAAACAGAAAAAGAAAAAAAAAACAUUUUCUAUCGCUACCACCAACUUCUAACCUGUCCCGCGUAUAGGAGGCCACCAAGUGGUCGAAAUUAAUAAUCCUUUAUAAUGUGUGUACACGUGUGUGUAAGUGGGUUCGUGUGUUAGCAGCGUGCAUGUGUGUUUGUUCGCUAGUACGUGCGGUUUUAUUUCAUAUUUUUUUUCAAUUUAUAUUUAAUUUAAUUUAAUUUUUAUUGUUAAGACAUUGCCAAUGAAAAUUGAUGAACGUAAAGAUUGGGAAAAAAAAUUGAUUAAUUAUUGAUAAUUACUAUCCAUGUUUUGUUGCACAUUAAUACAAGAAAGAAAAGAAAAAAAAAGAAACUGUACUUUUAUAAAAAAAAA